AUGGAGAUGUCUAUUUGCAAAACCUUGCUAUUUCCCCUUUUAACAAUUGCUUUAUUCAUCUCACUACCACAAACAUCCAGAGCUGCUACUAAUGAAGCCUACACAAACUUCGUCAAAACUAAAUGCAACGUCACCACAUACAUUUCCCUUUGCGAAAAAACACUAAUUCCGUAUGCGUCUUCAGUGAAAACCAACUCCACAAGGCUAUGCAAAGCAGCUCUUGAUGUAACCAUAAAAGCCUCAAAAAACGCCUCUAGCACUGUCUCAACACUGAGAAAACAAAAGGGAAUAACCCGAAUUGAAGCAUCCAUAAUUAAAGACUGCAUAGAAGAUGUGAAGGAUGCAGUGUACGAACUAAAGCAGGCUGUUGAAGCAAUGAAACAUUUAGGUGAUAAAGAUAAGGCAUUUCAGUUGUCUAAUGCUAAAACGUAUGCGAGUGCAGUAAUAACAGACGCCGAUUCGUGUACCGAGGGGUUUUCUGGACGGGAGGUAAAUCCAACUGUCAAGGAAAUGAUAAAUAGCAGCAUGGCAAAUAUUACCAAACUUGCCAGCAACGCCUUGGCGCUCAUUAACCAUCUUUAUUGA